AUGUGCAGACCCUGGGCAGCUCUCAACGUGUUCAUGGUUUCCUUCCUGCAUCUGCUGCAAGGCUCUGACUACGAGAAUGGCUCUGUGAAGAGGACAUACCUGUCAGCACUGGAGCAGUCAGAACAGCAGAUUAGGAGGGCAUCCAGCCUGGAGGAGCUGCUGAGGAUCACCCACUCAGAGGACUGGAAGCUGUGGAAGUGCAGGCUGAAGCUGAAGGGCCUGGCCAGCCUGGACUCCCGGGCUGCAUCCCAUCGCUCCACCAGAUUUGCUGCUGCCUUCUAUGACAUUGACACACUGAAAGUCAUAGAUGAGGAGUGGCAGAAGACUCAAUGUGUGCCAAGGGAAACCUGCGUGGAAGUGGCCAAAGAGCUGGGCACAACCACCAACAAGUUUUUCAAGCCCCCCUGUGUGACUGUGUUCAGAUGUGGGGGCUGCUGCAACGAGGAGAGCCUGAGCUGCAUCAACACCAGCACCACCUAUGUCUCCAAGACGCUGUUUGAGAUCUCAGUCCCCCUGACAAGUGUUCCUGAGCCUGUGCCCAUCAAAGUUGCCAACCACACAGGCUGCAAGUGUCUGUCAAACCCCCAGCACCAUCAGUUCACCAUCAUACGGAGGUCUGUCCGGGACCGAGAAGAGGAUGGAUGCCCCUUUAGCAACAAACUGUGCCACAAUGGAUGGGUCUGGGACAGUGCCAGAUGUGAAUGUGUGGUAGAUGCACAGCACCCCAGCAGACGAGAAGAGCUCCCCCCCCUUGCUGAGCUGGCUAUGUGUGGACAGCACAUGGAGUUUGAUGAAGAAAGUUGUGAAUGUGUCUGUAGGCAGAAGUGCCCCACGGAUUUCUUUCAGAGUAAAGAGAACUGCAGCUGCUAUUUGUGCAGGGAGAGCCAGGAGAGCUGUGCUCUCAAACACAAGAUAUUUCACCCUGAGACCUGCAGCUGUGAGGACAAAUGUCCCUCACAACCCAGAAUGUGCCCAACUGCCAAACCAGUGUGCCCCAGGCACUGCCGCUGCCCGAAGGAGAAGAGAGGUCCUCAUGGGUCCCAGAGCAAAGAAACUCCUUGA